UACCUAAAAAAACAAAAUGUCCUUAAUAGCAGAAGCACCAGAGUUUCUUCAAGUGUUCUCAGAUGGAACAGUGAAACGUUUCAAUCCAGAAAUAUCACCACCAUCAUUAGAUUCAUCAAAAAAAUACAAAUCAAAAGACAUAAUCAUUGACUCAUCAAAACCCAUCACAGGAAGAAUCUUCAUUCCCAAUAAUAUUCCCCCAAAAAAACACCUACCCCUCCUAGUUUAUUUCCAUGGUGGUGGCUUCUGCAUUGGUUCAACAACAUGGCUCGGUUACCACACGUUCCUCGGAGAUUUCUCAGUUGCAACACAAUCCAUUGUUGUCUCUGUUGAUUACCGGUUAGCGCCAGAGCACCGUCUUCCAACUGCUUAUGUAGAUUGUUACUCUUCUCUUGAAUGGAUUUAUGAAAAUGUAAAAAUUGAACCUUUUCUACGACAUGCUGAUUUAUCAAAUGUGUUUCUUUCUGGUGAUAGUGCUGGUGGUAACAUUUCACAUUAUGUUGCUGUUAAAGCUGUUCAAAAUAAUGGGUUUUGUCCUGUGAAAAUUAAAGGGGUUAUGCUUAUUCAUCCUUAUUUUGGGAGUGAGAAAAGGACUGAGAAAGAGAUGGAGGAAGAAGGUUUUGAAGAAGUUAGAAUGAAUGAUAUGUUUUGGAAAUUGAGUUUGCCUGAAGAUUCGAACCGCGAUUUUUAUGGUUGUAAUUUUGAGAAAGAUGAGGUUUCUGAGAGUAUUUGGUUGAAGUUUCCUGCUAUUGAGGUUUAUGUUGCUGGUAAGGAUUUUUUGAAGGAAAGAGGUGUUAUGUAUGCUGAAUUUGUGAAGAAGAAAGGAGUGAGAGUUGUUAAGGUUGUCGAAGCUGAAGAAGAGAAACAUGUUUUUCAUGUUUUUUAUCCUGAAUCUGAUGCAACUAGGUUGCUUCAAAACCAAAUGAGUCAGUUCAUGAAGAGAUAUUUGAAUUAACUAUGAUUGUCGAGACCAAUAAGUUAACUUAUAGCUUAUAUAUUUAAUUAUGUCAAAAAUAAAGGAUUUGUGUUGAUUUUGUGUUGAUUA